AUGGAACAUUCCCCCUAUGACGCGCUGAAAGAAGUGUGUGCGAAGGUGGUGGCUCCUCAACUGCAAAGAUCACAAUCGGCUCGUGGCCUCUUCAUCGAGGACAUAUGCGCUACAGAAGGAGGCGAAGGUGACAGGCUUUGGCUAUUAUUAGCGAAUCCAGUGGAUCAUGCGGUUUCCUUGUCCUUUACAAUUGGAGAACAGGGUGUACCGGCGGAGGAAGUUGUGCAAAGAGAAACGAUCUAUUUUGCUUUUAGCGUGCUACACAUAUCGGCAAAGAACUCACAAAAUUUUGCAUUAAAACUGCUACUGUCGGCUAUUCCUGAGGAACGAAAGGAUGAAGUGGUGAAUAUUCGUAACAUUCGUGGGCAGACGCCACUUCAUUGCGCUGUGCGAGCCGGCGAUCCCGACAGUGUGCACUACUUGCUCAGGCAUGGAGCCUCGACGAAAAUUCUCGACAAUCACAAAAAUUCGGUGGUCCACUAUCUUGCUGAUGCCUACAACGAAGCGAUAUUCAAGGAAAUUCUGGAGGCUCCGUCAUCACAGGAAAAUGAUCUCGAUGCCUUGAAUGAAGAAGGAUUUUCUCCACUUCAUUUAGCAAAUAAGGAAAUAUUAAUAAAACACAUCAACACGGAAAUUUUCAGGCUAAAACUGAGCCUGAUCGAAAUGCUUUUGGACGCUGGUGCUUCCAUCAAUUCGCUCGAUCAAGCUGGUCGUUCUGUUCUCCUUCAUGCCGUCAACAUGAACGACUUUGAGAUUGUACAGCUGCUCCUCGAUAAAGGAGCUGAUCCAAAUGUAGAAGACGAAUUUGGUGAAACGUCACUUCUUUUGUGUAUGAAAACUGCGAAUUACGGAAUCAUGGGUCUACUCAUCGAUGCAGGAGCCGAUCCGAAAAAAGAAAACAAAGAUGGGAAUUCAUUAAUUAUGAGUGGAGACGAGACAGCACAGCGUAUUAUUUCAGGAGAAAGGGUUGAACUCCCAGCAAAGGAGAUACCACCACCCGUGCCUAACGACUUGACCACCACCCGUUCUGCUCUUUUCGGCAGAUCGGUGUCGAACGCGCAAGGAGUCAGACGGGGUUCAAGUGGACGAAUACAUUGUACACAUAAAGGAUCUGCUUCGCUCAGGCCCGAUCUUCAACAUCCACAGCAAUCAUCUGCAACGACACAGUCACAAUACGGCACUUUAGAUGACAUCUCUUGUCUCGAUUACCUGACGCGGCUGAGGCUUUCGAAGUUAAUGGACGAGAAUUCGAAGUGGCAGCAAUUGGCAACAGUUGCGCUCGUUUUCCUCAUCAGUUUUUUUUACUUUUCAAACAUUUGGGAGUAA